UUAUAUCGUCAGUUUUCGGCCUACGUUCAGACGAAUAACAUCUCUCCAAAUUUUUUUUAAGUUUUGGUUCAACCCCGAACAAAAAAUUGUUUAAUUUUAUUUACAUCGGCAUUUUGGUUUUUAUUCAAAAUUCGGGAUGUUGUCCAUUGCCAAGAAUAAUGGUUUCCGCACAAUUAAGCCCGUGUGUCGCUGUCUAUCUACUGGUUCAACGUUAAUGGCAAAGUAUUCCAAAUUACAAAGGGUAGAACAGCGGAUUGGAGAGUCGGCGUUUACUAAUCAAACUCUUGGGACGAAGCUGAAUGAGGAGAAGCCCUUUGCUGUAAAGGUUUUCGGUUUGAAGCAAAAAGAAGAGAAACCUCAGAUCGGUGAUGCUUUCUCCAAAAAGCGCAAUGAGGAGAAAUCUUUCGCAGAGAACACUUUCGGUCUGAAGCAGAAAGAAGAAAAGCCUAUUGCUGACAAAAUUUUUGCCCUUAAACAAAAGGAGGAAAAGCCAGUUGUCAAUGACGUCUCCUGCAAAAAGCGCAAUGAAGAAAAGUCCUUCUUAGAAACAGUCCUUGAAACUAAGAAAACCCUCGAGACAAAAGAGGAACAGAUCAUCGGUCUGAAGCAGAAGGAGGAAAAGCCAGUUGUCAAUGACAUCUCCUGUAAGAAGCGCAAUGAGGAAAAGUCGUUCCUUGAAACUAAGAAAACCCUCGAGACAAAAGAGGAACAGAUCAUCGGUCUGAAGCAGAAGGAGGAAAAGCCAGUUGUCAAUGACAUCUCCUGUAAGAAGCGCAAUGAGGAAAAGUCGUUCCUUGAAACUAAGAAAACCCUCGAGACAAAAGAGGAACAGAUCAUCGGUCUGAAGCAGAAGGAGGAAAAGCCAGUUGUCAAUGACGUCUCUUGCAAAAAACGCAAUGAGGAAAAGUCGUUCACAGGAAAUGUCUUUGGGACUAAGAUAAAUGAAGAGAAACCCUUCAAUGACAUCUCCUGUAAGAAGCGCAAUGAAGAAAAGUCCUUCCUUGAAACUAAGAAAACCCUCGAGACAAAAGAGGAAAAGCCCACCUGUGAACAGAUCAUCGGGCUGAAGCAGAAGGAGGAAAAGCCAGUUGUCAAUGACGUCUCCUGCAAAAAACGCAAUGAGGAAAAGUCGUUCACAGGAAAUGUCUUUGGGACUAAGAUAAAUGAAGAGAAACCCUUCAAUGACAUCUCCUGUAAGAAGCGCAAUGAGGAAAAGUCGUUCCUUGAAACUAAGAAAACCCUCGAGACAAAAGAGGAACAGAUCAUCGGUCUGAAGCAGAAGGAGGAAAAGCCAGUUGUCAAUGACAUCUCCUGUAAGAAGCGCAAUGAGGAAAAGUCGUUCCUUGAAACUAAGAAAACCCUCGAGACAAAAGAGGAACAGAUCAUCGGGCUGAAGCAGAAGGAGGAAAAGCCAGAUGUCAAUGACAUCUCCUGUAAGAAGCGCAAUGAAGAAAAGUCCUUCCUUGAAACUAAGAAAACCCCCGAGACAAAAGAGGAACAGAUCAUCGGUCUGAAGCAGAAGGAGGAAAAGCCAGUUGUCAAUGACGUCUCCUGCAAAAAACGCAAUGAGGAAAAGUCCUUCCUUGAAACUAAGAAAACCCUAGAGACAAAAGAGGAAAAGCCCACCUCUGAACAGAUCUUCGGCCUUAAGCAGAAAGAAGAAAAGCCAGUCUUUGGGACUAAGAUAAAUGAAGAGAAACCCUUCAAUGACAUCUCCUGUAAGAAGCGCAAUGAGGAAAAGUCCUUCCUUGAAACUAAGAAAACCCUCGAGACAAAAGAGGAACAGAUCAUCGAGGAACAGAUCAUCGGGCUGAAGCAGAAGGAGGAAAAGCCAGAUGUCAAUGACAUCUCCUGUAAGAAGCGCAAUGAAGAAAAGUCCUUCCUUGAAACUAAGAAAACCCUCGAGACAGAAGAGGAAAAGCCCACCUGUGAACAGAUCAUCGGGCUGAAGCAGAAGGAGGAAAAGCCAGUUGUCAAUGACGUCUCCUGCAAAAAACGCAAUGAGGAAAAGUCGUUCACAGGAAAUGUUUUUGGGACUAAGAUAAAUGAAGAGAAACCCUUUAAUGACAUCUCCUGUAAGAAGCGCAAUGAGGAAAAGUCCUUCCUUGAAACUAAGAAAACCCUCGAGACAAAAGAGGAACAGAUCAUCGGUCUGAAGCAGAAGGAGGAAAAGCCAGUUGUCAAUGACAUCUCCUGUAAGAAGCGCAAUGAGGAAAAGUCCUUCCUUGAAACUAAGAAAACCCUCGAGACAAAAGAGGAACAGAUCAUCGGUCUGAAGCAGAAGGAGGAAAAGCCAGUUGUCAAUGACAUCUCCUGUAAGAAGCGCAAUGAGGAAAAGUCCUUCCUUGAAACUAAGAAAACCCUCGAGACAAAAGAGGAAAAGCCCACCUGUGAACAGAUCUUCGGUCUUAAGCAGAAAGAGGAAAAGCCAGUUGUCAAUAAUGUCUCCUGUAAGAAGCGGAAUGAGGAGAAGUCCCUCUUAGAAAAUAUAUUUGGAACUAAACUAAAUGAGGAGAAACCUGAAGUAAGGAAGGCUGAAACCAAAGAAGCUGUUCGCUGUUAGAAAGAUCAUUAGCAGGCCUUUGAAUGCCGAUGCAUUUCACAUCCAUGCAUCAAAUAUAUCUCGUAGUUUUUAAUAAACAAGAAUAAAUAUUAAAUAUUAAUAAAUAGAAUGCAUUCUAAUUUUAUGAUUA